GUUGACGCACCAGCGCACCUUGAACUCGUAGUGAGGCAGAAGUUUGGACUAAGCUAAGCUAAGCUAAGCUGGAGCAUGUCUGGGCUUCCUCGGUUCCUCCGCUUUUCGCCCUCAAACUCGGAGCGGAUAUGGCGCAGAGGAAGCGCAGAGAAGUGCAUCAGUUUGUCUUUCAGAGCUAAGUUUCUGCGCCCCGGUGUUGCCCGUCCGGGCAGCGGAGGCGGGUCCAGRUGGUACAGCAGCUGCGAGCCGGUCCGGAUCGGCUGCGCCUCCGGGUUCUGGGGGGACACGGCCACGUCAGCCCCUCAGCUGAUCUACGGCGGGCAGCUGGACUUCCUGGUGUUCGACUACCUGAGUGAGAUCACCAUGUCUCUGCUGACCGCCGCCAGAACCAAGAUGCCUAACCUGGGUUACGCUCCGGACUUCGUCCAGGUGGCUCUGGCUCCGUUCAUCAACGACAUCCACAGGAAAGGUAUCCGUGUCGUCAGCAACGCGGGCGGAGUGAACCCACUGGCCUGCGCCGAGGCCAUACAGGAAGUCGUCAAAAAGGCGGGGCUGGACCUGAAGGUUGCCGUGGUGACCGGUGAUGACCUCAUGCCCGGCAGGAGCCUCCUGUCUGAAGUAAAGAUGGCCGACGGCGGCGGCAGGCGGCCGCUGCCUAAAACGCUGCACAGCAUGAACGCCUACCUGGGGGCCGAGCCGAUCCGCCGCUGCCUGGACCUGGGGGCCGACGUCGUGGUAACGGGGCGCUGCGUGGACAGCGCCGUGGCUCUGGGGCCGCUCCUGCACACGUUUGGUUGGAAGAGAGACGAUUACGACUUGCUUGCAGCAGGAAGCCUUGCAGGUCAUCUGAUCGAGUGUGGAGCUCAGAGCACCGGAGGGAUCUUCACCGACUGGCACCAAGUUCCCGACUGGGACAACAUGGGCUUCCCGGUGGUCGAAUGUUCCUCCGACGGAUCCUUCGUUCUCUCCAAGCCUCCAAAAACCGGGGGCCUGGUUUCCUUCGGAACCGUCGCCGAGCAGCUGGUGUACGAGAUCGGCGACCCGCGGAGAUACCUGCUGCCGGACGUCAUCUGUGAUUUCAGCCAGGUGGCGAUCCAGGAACUACCCGGUGCAGACGGAGGGGCCGUCAGAGUCACCGGCGCCAGAGGUUUGGCCCCCUCUCCUGACUACAAGGUGUGUGCCACCUACAUGGACGGGUUCAGAGCGACGGCGGUGUGUCCGGUGGGAGGGCCCAGAGCGGCCGAGAAGGCCCGGCGGACCGCAGACAGCAUCGUCAAGCGGACCAGGAGGAUGUUUCAGCAGUUGGGACUGGAGGAUUUUAACUCGGUUAACAUUCAGGUUCUGGGCGCUGAAGACACUUACGGCCCAAACGCUCGCAGAAAAGACUCCAGGGAGGCCGUGGUCUGGAUGGCCGUCCACCACAAGCAGAAGAAAGCUCUGGAGGUCUUCUCCAGGGAGGUGGCUCCUGCAGGAACAGGCAUGGCUCCUGGACUCACCGGCAUCGUGGGCGGACGACCCAGAGUGUCUCCAGUCCUGAAACCGUUUUUCUUCUUGCAUCCCAAAUCCCAGAUAAAGGUCAACAUCCACGUUGCUGGAGAGCUGGUAGAGUCACUUACCGAACCGGACUCACCUGAGCAGGCGCAGGACGAAGCUCCUCCCACUUCUCAUCAGGACGUGCCGGACACAGACCUGCCCAGUGGACCACACACCUACCGGCUGGAGGACCUGGCAUACACACGCAGCGGCGACAAAGGAGACUCGGCAAACAUCGGAGUGAUCGCUCGCCAUCCUCUCUACUUCCCUUACCUGAAGAAACACCUGACUUCUUCUGUGGUGGAGGACUACUUCUCCCACCUGAUCGAGCCUGGAGUGCAGAACGCCGUCACACGAUACACCCUGCCGGGGAUCCACGGCCUCAACUUCGUUCUGACGAGUUCCCUGGGAGGGGGAGGGGUGGCCUCGCUCCGCAGCGACCCCCAGGGAAAAGCCUACGGACAGAUGCUGCUGGACCUGAGGCUGACGGGACUGCCAGACCUAAAGUCCCUGGUGGACUGAACGGACUGAACGUCCCACUGAGGUGGACACAAACAUUUUACCUCAACAGGAACACAAAUGAUCAUUUAACCUUCAGAUCGACUGAAAUACAGCCUGGACGUCACAAAAACUAUUGUUCAUAAGAUGAAAUUUGGCACAGACUCGCAGUGGAAACCAAAGAAAACCUCCACUGACCCAUGGAGUCAGGUUGGCUUUGGAUGACCGUUGUUCAUGUUGGACGGCUCAGUUUCAUGGCGAAUUAUUCCUGUAUUUGAAGGUAAAGUCAGGCUCUGAAACUUUAAGGCCAAAUUCACAAAGUUCAAAAUAUGUGAGUUUCUUUUUGCCUUAUUGAAAUUAGGGAGUAAACGAAAGCUUUCAAAUACAUUAACUACACUGUCAAAAGAACUGAAGCGUCUGAAAUGAAACCCAGCAUUAAUUUAGAUUAUUUUAUUACCACUGAUCUGCAGUUAUUUCCCACCGGAGCGAACUUUAAGUCUGAUCAAAGGCAGCCAUUGUUUCUGGUGGAAAAAAAUCAAACUGUCAUCAGCGUAAAUGAUAAUUCACUCAGAAUCAGCAUGGAGGAUUCAAAGGCUGUGGGAAUUCACAUUAUACACAAGAUCCUGAUUAUUACAAACAUAUUGAUCCAGAAGAUGCUGAUAAAUCAGGUAAACCUCUGCAAACUAAAGGCGGUGGAGAUAAUAGCAUGUUUAGCUAACUCUGAUUUACAGGUCAAGUCCAGAGUUUUGUUCUGUCAGAGCAGCUGAUGCAGAUGAUCUGUGGGAUAUUUUAGCCCUCAGCUGGUCACAAUGUGUCGGCCUCAACGCCUCGUCCUUCUACCGUUUCUGCUUUUACUCGGAGCUGCCAACCUCUUAUGUUUACAUUAGUUGUCAUCAUACAACUUUAAUAUUUUCAAUGCAAAAUGCAGAAACUGUAAAAAGCAAGAAGUCAUUGGGCAGCAAGAGAUGAUGCGUACUGUGAAGAAAGCAUCAGGCUCUGCAGGACGUUCUUAAGCUGGAGGCUGAUUGUUGCUAAAGAACAAAGAAAAACAGUUUAACUUUUCUACGCCCUCAGUCUUUGGGUUUAGCUGCCUUCUUAGCCGCGCUUUGCCUCGGGGGAGCUGACCUUUGACCUGAGCACUGGAGAGUUUUGGUUUGGGUUUCCUCGUAAGAUGCUCCAGGCAGAUAUCAGAGGUGGCGCUCUCAUCCGACAGGAACGUCGGCGUCUGGUUCACCUCGACCCGACCCGGCUCUGAUGUUCAGGAGGAAUGCGAGUCUCUCUCUCUCUCUCUCCACCGCCAGACUCGGCCGCGCUCCGUCUCUGUUGUCAUAAUUGCAACCAGACUGAAGCUGGGAGUCGGGAGUCUCUGCAGUUUAAACUGAAUCAUCUCCCAAAACGUCUCUCUCCAAAGUUUCCUCCGUUUCCAGGGAACCUCUUCGGCUACCGUUCUGUUUACCUCUCGCCAAAACACUCCAAGAACCAGAAAAUGUGAAACAUACACACACUUUGUUUCUGUUUUUUAGAAAGUUAGGUGACUAGCAGAAAAGAAGCCACAUUGAGCAGCCUCCCUGAAACAAUAAAUAAACAGCGGCUCAGUAAACAGACUAUCAAAGGCCUCGGCUGACAGUGGAACCAUAAUAAAUAUCGACCCAUCAAACUCUCCAGACAGGAUUCAGAGCCGGCGGUAAAUCAGGACUCGGGGGGGAAGUUCAGAUCUGUCCGCCUUUGUUUCAGAGCAACAAGACAUGCAGAGCUGGGUGUCACAGUAAAAUCUUUUAAGUGCUUGUUCUCAUAAAACCACAGCCGUCACCACUCUGCAUACGAAAGCGCCUCACGACUACAACGAGGUCUGGAUCCACAUCUGUCCCACGUUUUCCUCCGCAGGAACAGCUAGGCGUUCCACGGAUCUGCCGAUUGGUCAUUUGCUCUCCUCGUUUUGUCAUAAUAAACUUUCCCCAGAGCCGGGAUCUGGGUCAGGUC